CCCGUUUGGCAGAUGGGGAAAAUGAAUUGAUCGAAAAGAAAAAUCUUUGCCAGGAUUUAUCUGAAUGAUGUCAUUUGAGUGAUCUACAAUCUAAAUAACACAUUUAUCCUGCUUGUAUAUAAAAUAAUUUAUUUAGAAAAAUGGCUUCCCGUGGAGGUAUUAUGGUGACUGGUACGAAUGGAGCCGAUUUCGAACACAGAGAGAAAAUAGCAGCACAAUAUCAGAUUAGUGCUUUAAACAAGUCCCGUCUGAAGUACUGCGUGUUCUUCCACCACAUUAUGUUCCUGGUGAUGCUGGCGAAGCUCUCCGCAGACAUCCUCGACAAACUCGACAUAUUUAUUUUAGAAAUAGAAGAAUUGCAGAUACCACAGCCCCUGUGGUGGGAGUACAUCUGGUGCCUCUCCCUCCUCCUGUCUUUCCUCGGUCUAUCUGCAAUCAAACGCAAUAACAUAAAAUACCUGCGAAGGUAUAUGUAUGGUAUUACCGCACUGGGCUUUGGUCCGUUACUGUACUGUAUGCUGUACUACUGCGGAGAUGUUUGGAGAUACCUGACCAUGGAUGAGGAUGAGGAUGUCAGCAGUGAAGUUGACAUUGAGCUGUGGCAGGGUUACCCAUAUGGCCUUCUGUGGUACGCGUUCGUGCUCCUCGCCUCACAAAUACAUUUCUUCCAACUUUACUUCUCAUACAAUCUGCUAAAAGCAUGGCGUGCAAGAGGCGCGCUAAGGAAAUCUGAUUAAUACACUAGUACUUACGGUUCAUUUUCCCUUGAUCACACACCACACUGCCAGAGUGAAUGCGAUAGUCAAUGGAUGGACAUUUACGAGGUAAGAACAAAGAUUUAUGUGAAUAAAAAAGUUACAUGACAACUGGCAAAUUAUCAUUUAGUUAUAGCGAAAACAAACAUUUGUAACUUUUAGGGUAUUUGACACGGAGGUUGUGUAAACCCACUAUUUAUAAUGUAAACUGUUGUAAACAAAUUGUACCGACGUUGCAAGCA